CGAUUUCGUCUCGAAAUUACAGAAUUUUUGUGUUAAACAAUUUAUAAUUUUUGUUAAUAUACAAUUUCGAAGUUUAAAACAAUAUCUGAACAAUUAUAUUGGAACUACCACAUCAAGAAUAUAGAAUUUUGUUGCUGAAAAAGAAAUUACAUUUCCUUUAUUAACUAAUUAUCUGCACAUUUUUUAUUGUUCAGAAAGGAAAUAAAUAAAUUUUGUUUAAAAAAGAAUCUGGAACAAUAAUUGUGGAUGAGUUAACCCCACGAAAUCUACAUUUGGAACAUAUAAUUUAACUUGGACUAACUAACGGAUCCCUAAAAUAUCCUAACUACUAACCGUAUAAGUUUUGGUGCUUAAAAGGCCAGGCCUUUUUUCUCUUGUUUAAAUUAAGAAUACCGCAUCGUUUGGAGAGGAAGAAUAACUCAGAAGAAUAUUAACGAAAACAUAGAAAACCUAACAAAAGGAGGCGGAGGUGGAUGCAAAUAAUCUUUUAUUGAAAACUAUAGGAGUUUUCGCAACUAUAUAAUGAGUCGUCAUGAAGGCGUCAGCUGCGAUUCAUGUCUUAAAUCGAACUUUAUUGGUCGACGUUAUAAAUGCCUAAUUUGCUAUGAUUAUGAUUUGUGCGCCGAUUGUUUUGAAGAAGGUGUCACCUCUACACGACACUUAGUUGAUCAUCCUAUGCAAUGCAUUCUAACGCGUUCGGAUAUUGAAUUGUUCUUUGGUGGUGAAAUGCUCAAUUCUGAGCAACCCCAAAGUUUUACCUGUCCGUAUUGUAAAAAAAUGGGUUUCAGUGAUGCCACAUUACUGGAGCAUGUGUCAUCCGAACAUACGGAAACCAGUUCAGAAGUUGUAUGUCCUGUAUGUGCUGGCUUGCCAGGUGGUGAACCGAAUCUAGUCACAGAUGAUUUUGCCGGUCAUCUAUCACUGGAACAUCGUACUGGACCCCGGGAAUUGAUUUCUUUUUUGGACGAACCUUCAGCUAUUAGACAUGGAGGAGGAGUACGUCGCAUACCAGGACGUACACUUGGUGGCCCCCGAGCUCGUCGUUCAAAUAUGCACUUUAGCUCAUCAAGUGGUCUUUCAGCAUUAUCACCCUCUGGACGGGAAUCGGUUGAUCCGAUUGCUGAACUAUUAUCACAACUGUCGGGGGUUAGACGAGGAGGACCGCCAACAUCUCAGCUGCAGCAAUUGCAAAUGCAAAUACAAUUGGAACGCCAACAAGUGACGGCUACCCGUCAGCAGUUGGAACGUUUACCAAGGCGUGCUCAUCCAUUGGUCUCAUCAUCGAAUUCAAAUGCAACCAUGGCCGAGGUCAUUAGUGGUGCUAGUGGUUCUGGUUCCGGAAGUGGUCUAAUUAGCGGAAACAGCUCUGGCUCGAAUGCUAAUGGUGGAACCGGCAGUGGCUCUUGCCGCACCAAUGAAUGGUCUGUGUCGGCGCAACAUCAAUCGCAACAAUCAAGUCUGGCUGCAAAUGCAUUGAACACUAGAGAACCUGGUGGCAGUGGAAUCAGUGGUAGUAAUGGAAACAGCAUGCUGGGCAUGUCAAUGGGCGGUUCUGGCAGUGGAGCAAAUGCUGGUUCAGCUGGGGCAUCUGGAAAUGGCGGCACUGGAGCUGAUGGUGCACAAUCGCAAUUUUUGCUCACAAAAUUCAUGCAACCAACACUGAGUGAUGCCGAAUGGGCUGAAAUUGGCCGAGAACGUGCUGAUCGAUCACAAUUUGUACAGGCCUUACUGCUCUCAACUUUAGCUUGUACUUCAUUGGACCUAGACCCGGAACAUGAUAAACGAGGUGAAUCGCAAGAAACUACCAACAGUGAUAAUGUAAAUAAUGAAAAGGCAGCCUCAGCGGCAGCCAACAACACAAACACAGCCAAUGACAGUGAAUCGUCAUCGUAUGGGGAUAAUACACGGGAAACAAUGAUGAAUAACAAUGCUGCAGAUGCGUCUGCACAAACUACAAAUUCAAGCAGUGUUACGGGUCGUCAACAGGUCCAUCAACAGCAACAGACCUCGCCAGAAGAUUUCGUUGUUGAGGAUUUGAAGCAGCAGCAGGCUUAUUCGAGUAAAAAGAAAUCUGGUAAUACGGCUGGUAUUAAGCCUUCAGCUGGGGCUGGGGCAACAACAGACAGAGGCAUUGAGCGACGUGGCCGUCCACCACCCACGUCGGCAGGUGCAGCUGCUGUCGCUGUCGCCGCUGCUGCAACCGGCUCACAGUCGCAACCACAGCAACAAGGUCAGCAACCACAAAAAUAUAAACAAAAUGCUGCCGCGAACGCAGCAGCGAUGUCGGCAGCAAACACAAAUCAAAUACCCGAUUCUAGGUAGUGUUAUCAUCUCCAUAGACCCGCCAAAUCACUACAGCAACAACAGCAGCAGCAUUGUUAUUUUAAUAAAUUCAAGAAAAAUAAUGAUAGCAGCAACAACAACCGAGAUCAUUGUCGCAACAGUCGCAAUUACAAAAUUCACUCUUAGCAACCAAUUUAACCACAACAAACGCCACCACCACCACCAAAAUUAUCAACAACCCCUCCCCCAAAAAGCUGAGGACGAUGAAGGUGAUUAUGAUGAUGAUGGUAAAGUGUACCACCACCACAGCAAAAGAAACAAACCAACUAAAAAUCGAUCAGCAGCAACAAUGGAAAAAGAAAACAUCUCUAUCUCUAUCUUUUUAUUAUUUUUUAACUCGGCACAUAAAUGUCUCUGGUAUGUUUUGUGUAGUAAGCAUCGCGUGAAGCCCACUCUCCUCUCAUCCAUCCUCUAUCAACAGCAUCAUCGUCUGUCUACCUCUUCUGUCAAUAAUGUUAAUUUGUUCCAAUUGACACAUUGAACUGAGCAGCAGCGUGUUGAAACGACGAAUGGAUCCCAGCUGAUGAUGAUGAUGAUGACGACGAUGAUGACGGUGUUUGAUUUUAACGUUGAUGAUGAUUUAAUGUUAGCAUGGUGUGCAUGCACAGCAAGCAGCAGUUGCAACAACAAAAACAAAAAACAGCAACAACAACAUAAUAUUCGUUUAUUAAAAUAAAUAUAAUAUUAUAACUAUUUAAAAAAUUUAUAUAAUUAUAAAAACACAAAAAGAAAAAAUCUUAUUGUAAUCUUAACUCAAAACAUUUUAA